GGCGCAGACCACCUCACGCCUCCCCUAUAAAUACCACGCCUCCAACCCUAAACCCUCUCUCACUCUCUUCCUCCGCCGCCGCCCUCCUCUCCGGGAAGAAGAGACCAGAGCGAGCGCGCGCGCCGCCGGAGCAAACCCCUCCUCCUACCCUUCAGCCAUGGUGCUCUCCAACGACAUCGACCUGCUGAACCCGCCCGCGGAGCUGGAGAAGCUCAAGCACAAGAAGAAGCGCCUCGUCCAGUCCCCCAACUCCUUCUUCAUGGAUGUCAAGUGCCAGGGCUGCUUCAGCAUCACUACUGUGUUCAGCCACUCCCAGACAGUGGUGGUCUGCCCGGGCUGCCAAACCGUGCUUUGCCAGCCUACAGGUGGAAAGGCCAGGCUAACGGAGGGGUGCUCCUUCCGCCGCAAGAAUGAUUAAGAUCUAAAUAUCUGAAAGCAAAAAAAAGAAAAGGCUUGAACGAGCUUAGUUUCUCCAGGAUGUAGUCUGAAAAUUUUGCAAUGCCUGUCAAGUGAACCCCAUGUUUGGUAAUUUAAUCUCUGGGAUUAUGUCAUGACUCUGGUACUUUGUUGGUUGGUCUGGAGAGUAAGAUGAGAUGUAGGGCUACGUGAACAACCGUAUGCUUGGCAUGAAUGAAUUGAUAUUCCUGGUUACCUUGGUUUCCC